GCGGAACUACCUUUGACUUAUAUAGCAGAUCUGGGGCACUACGUGGCGGAAUUACGUUCACUGAACGUGGAUGCAAUUCAACCUCAGAUUGAUUCUUUGGCAAGGCUCCCCCUCAAACUGGACCAACUACGCGGUCAAGCGCGACGCCUUUACACUCAGCUAAACAGUAUGCCCGGUCUUCGCCGUCGAAUUCAACUAAGAUUGGGGGAAUUUCAGCGUAAUUUGUCGGUCGUUGUUCAAGAGACCAUGGAUGCUGGACUGACUAAGUUCCGUUCCGUAUUCGAGAAGGAACUGCAACUAGCGGUUAUCGCUACUUGGCGUGACAUUCCCUGCGAUUCCCUUCGGAUUGCCGUAAAACGUGGAGUGGAUUCCGUGUGUAUUACAGCACUCAUGCCCUUGAACGCAUUCUGGGCCGGCUUGGGCUUAGCUCUGCUUCUGUUCAUCCCGGGCAUCAUUUUUGCCGUCAAACUGGCCGGAUUGUAUCGUAAAACGGAGCCUUACAGUUCGGACUACGAAGAACCGUGA